AUGGAUGAAAAUCAAGCUUUUCCAAAAGUCGAUGUACACUAUAAUGGCACUUUUAUGCCUAAUCCAUUAUUGUAUUUUGCUCCAGAAGUACUACGACUUAAUGAAGAUGCAAAUGAGUUUGUUUUCUCCGAUUUCAUUAAAUAUGUUGAGAAGCUUAUCGAUUUUCAGUGCAAGCAUGUGUAUUUCUGUAUACCUGAAGUGAAAUUGAGUAAGAGGCUUCAAACACUACAAAAUGAAUAUGACUACUCUGAGUUUCUUGAGGUUACAAAGGCUCACAGACAUGUGGAUGUGUAUAUUGACCACGAUAAUGAACCUAUAUUUGAGUGGAUUGAGAAAGAAGAACCAGACCGUGAAGAACUUGAGUAUUCAGAAGAAGAUGUUGACUCUGUUUUAGAAGAUGAUGAGAACUGUGAACAUGAAGAGGAUGACUCUGUUAUAUCAGGCAAAAGAAUCUUCAAAAUAACCUACAAUGAUAAGUUUUUGAACAAGUUAUGUCCAAUAGUUGAUACAGAUGAAGAGGAAGACGACAAUGAACUUCCAACUGUCUACCCUAGGCAUGAUGCUACUCAGGAAUGGAGGAAGAUGAAGCCUGAACUAGGUCCUUCUGAAGAAGGUCCAAGUAAACCAAGAAAGAACAGUAAUGAAAAGAACUGUCAUUCACAAGCAGGUCCAAGCACUCCAAUACAUGUGAAUCAAAAUCCUAUGACUCAAGAGCAUGUCAAUCAAGAGCCUGUGAUUCAUGAGAAUAUCCAUGUGAAUCAAGUACCUGUCAACCAAGAUCCUAUGAAUCAAGUACCUGUUAACCAAGUGCAUAUGAAUCUUGGUGUUAGAGUGCCUAAGAGCCUUGGUGUUAGAGCAAGGAAGCCUUCAUAG